UUCAGAUCUAACUAACAAACGACGAAGAGGACGAAAGGUUGCACAGUGUUCGCUCUCUCGAAAAAGGCAAUCCGACUCCGAUCUUGUAUUCCGGUGAUCGUUGCUCACCUUGACUCUUCGAUUACGAUCGCUUCCUCAGAUCUUCAAUCGUACUUCGAAAUUUCGUUAUUGUGAUUCAGUGCAUUGUAGAGAUCUGUAUUAGGGUUUUGGCAAUGUCAGGCUUUCACGGGACUAAUGAUUCAUGUCCUUUGGUGAAGAACAUUCUUCUUCUAGACUCUGAAGGGAAGCGUGUGGCUGUCAAGUACUACUCCGAUGACUGGUCAACUCAUGCUGCCAAGUUGAGUUUCGAGAAACUUGUCUUCUCCAAGACCUCUAAGACCAAUGCUCGCACUGAAGCUGAGAUCACACUGUUGGACAGUAAUGUUAUUGUGUAUAAGUUCGCCCAAGACCUUCACUUUUUUGUUACUGGUGGCGAAGAUGAGAACGAGCUCGUCUUAUCUUCUGUUCUUCAAGGCUUUUUCGAUGCUGUUGCACUUCUUUUAAGGAACAAUGUGGAAAAGAUGGAAGCCCUUGAGAACUUGGAUCUCAUCUUUCUCUGCCUGGAUGAAAUGGUCGAUCAGGGGGUGGUACUUGAAACGGACCCUAACGUCAUUGCGGGGAAAGUAGCAAUGCAGAGCACAGAAGCUAGUGGUUCACUCUCUGAACAGACAUUAACUCAAGCACUGGCAACAGCUCGGGAGCAUCUGGCAAGAAGUCUGCUUACAUGAGUUCUCUCAUAUGCAUGCCCACACCUAAUCAUAAUCAGAAGCUUAUGAACAAGAACUAUGGCGGUCACAUGUGCGAAUUUUGUUGGGCUCGUAAAUGGGCCUCUUACUCUUUUGAUUUGUAUCAAUUAUAGUCCAUGUGUUCUUUAUCCUUUGGACCCAUAUUACUCUUUUGAUUUGAAUCCAUCAUUUUGUGAACUCUCCAGAAAAUUAUUAUAAUUCGCCUGGUUCAUAA